AUGGCGACGGUCACAAGCACAGGUACGCACAUUGGGCAUGGUGCGGCUACGGAUGUAGCUGAUGUCGACGUGACCAAGCUGGGCUCGAUGCCGAAGAACAAAGGACGUAUGACGGCGUCGUGGCACAAACGAGCGCCGUCCGAGUGGACGUUUUACGAGCGUAGUCUGAUCGUACUCGGGGUGAUGUCGCCGGAUAAUCCGAGUGCACCGCGUCCGAAGCCGCCCGUGUAUCCGAAGGAUGCGCCGGUGCCUGUGUAUCCGGUGUGGAAGUUGCACGCACGCAUCUUGCCGCGCGCUAUGGCACCUCUGCUGAUACACCACGCUUUCAGCUGGUAUACCAACAUGGGCGUGCCUGUGUGGAUCGCUACGACCGCGUAUCUGGCCUACUUUGUCGUCUAUGGCAUCGGCGUGUUCAAGUGGAACAACGACAUGACGCUCAAGUUCGGCACGUUCGACGGCGCCGUCGAGCGCGACGGUGUUCCGGACGUCGACACAACCAGUGUCGCCAUAGGCUUGUUUAUGGUCGUCAUCAGUCGCGCCGUGAUCGCCGUCCCGUAUCUGUACAAUCCGGCUGAGCCGGUUUUGGACACCAAGACAAUCCUGAUGCUGCCCGUCAACGCUUUCAUGUUUGCCAUAGCUGUCGACUUUUGGUUCUACUGGUACCAUCGUCUCAUGCACGAAGUGCCUUUCCUGUGGCGCUUCCACCGCAAACAUCACACCACGAAACAUCCCAUCGCUGCACUGGGCGCAUUUGCCGAUCACGAACAGGAGUUCUUCGACAUGGUAGGCAUCCCCGCGCUCGCUUGGCUCACGUGGCGGAUCAACUUUGCCACCUGGUGGGUCUCGACUUGCUACAUCCUCUUCCUCGAAGCCAGCGGCCAUUCGGGCCUCAGAGGCUACCUUGAAAAUCCUCUGACCUGGUAUCUCAGGUGGAUCGGUGCUGAACUGUGUCUCGAAGAUCACGACAUUCACCACCGAAGAGGUUGGAAAAAGAGUGGAAACUACGGCAAACAGACCAGGCUCUGGGACAUGAUGUUCGGCACCAUGAAACCCAGGAUCGAAGGUACCCCAGACAACAUCAACUGGCUCGAUCACAUGGACGAGCCCGCUCCCGUUCCACCCAAAAAACAGUAG